AUGGUUGACCUCGACACCAUUGAUAUCAGCAACCUGAAUAGACAAUUUUUUUCCACAAAAAACACGUUGGGCGGUCCAAAGCAGAGACGGCUAGAUUUAACGUCUUGGCCUUUAAACCAUCUGCUAACAUUAUCGCUUAUCACAAAAGUAUUUUUAGCUCCACAUUUAAUUCAACGUUUUUUUGAGAAGUUUACUGUAGUUUUCAAUGCUCUAGACAAUCUUGCUGCACGAAAACAUGUUAAUCGUAUGUGUGUAUCGGCAAAGAUUCCUUUAGUCGAAUCCGGCACUGCUGGUUACUUGGGACAAGUUGAACCAUUGCUUCCUGCCAUUCGAACAGAGGAGUCAUCAAAUUCGGAUGGUGUCUUAACUUGUCGUACUGGAUGUUAUGAAUGUCAACCUCGUGGUUUAGGUCAACGUCACUUUCCUGCUUGUACUAUACGUAAUACACCGUCUGAACCAAUCCAUUGUGUUGUAUGGGCAAAAUAUUUAUUCAACCAGUUAUUUGGUCAGUCGGAUGUCGACGAUGAAGACAUCUCUCCAGAUUUCUCAGAUCCAGAUUUACAUCACAAUAAUAAUAGUAAUCAUAGUCAGAGUGAAGUAAAGUUGCCUACGAGUAGCCCCACCACUGAAGCCAAUGAUACACAUAAUUCGGAUGGCUUGAACAAUUCAGGCUUAAAUAAACCUAGUCAGUUAACCCUAAGAGAAUGGUUUCGACAGUUGUGGUCUAACAAAGCUAAUCAUUCUAACUCAACAGAUAACGAGUUAUCAUCUACUGCUAGUAGUUCACUGGCUUGGAGAUUAUUUCAUCGUGAUAUUGUCACUUUGAUCGGUAUGCGUGAUCUAUGGGUAGAUCGUCAGGAUCGUCGUGAACCAAAUCCAUUGGAGAUGUCUACAUUGAAGGAGGCAAUAAACUACAACUCAGAAUCGUCAUGUUCAUCACAUGACUCAUCGAAUUUUUAUGAACUACGAGAUCAACGUAAAUUGUCCAUAUCUGGUUGGCUUGACAUCUUCUUGAAUUCGGUUGAGAAAUUACAAAAACGAGUAGAAGAUGGCGGUGGAGACAAGUUUUUAGUAUGGGAUAAGGAUGAUCAAGAGGCUAUGGAUUUUGUGGCAUCCGCUGCUGUCAUUCGUUCACAAGUGUUCCACUCACCUGGUGCUGAUCAACUCACUCGAUUUACAAUCAAAUCUUUAGCCGGGAAUAUCAUUCCUGCGGUGGCGUCUACAAAUGCAAUAGUCGCUGGGCUAAUGGUACUUCAAGCCAGACAUAUUUUAUCUAAACAUUACGAGCGUGUACGCACCGUCUACCUCCAUCGUCAACCAACUGGUCGUCGUGGUAAUCGUCGCCUUGUUGUCCCAGUGAAACCUGCACCACCAAAUCCCUCUUGUCUGGUGUGUAGUGAUACAAUCAAAAAUUCCCAGCUACGCUUAGUCUGUGCACCAGAAAUGCUCACCCUGCGUAUUCUACGUGAUCGUAUUCUAAUCCGACAUUUAGGCAUGUUAGCGCCAGAUGUAGAACUGUCUGAUCGUGGUGUUAUUUUGAUAUCAAGUGAAGAGGGUGAAACAGACGAAGAUACAUUGAAUAAAACUCUUGGUGAGUUCAAUGUCACUCAGGACACAUGUUUGCAGUGUGAUGACUUUCGUCAAGACUUCACUGUGCGCCUUAUUGUAUCUUGUGCUAGUCCAGAGUUAGCAAAUGCACUGCCAAACAAUUUAUCGUUAUCAAACAACAGUCUACCUAUACAACAACAGCAGCUCGAUAGUGAUAAUCAGUUUGAACAAUGGCGUAUUUUAGGCAAUGUGGAUUCAGUGCUAACAAGUGUCAAAGGCAGUAAUAGCAAUAAUUCAGCAGCAUCAUCGUCCAUACCUGAAGAAAUUAUGAUAAUGAAUGGAAAUGUAGCUAAGCACGAAGCUUCGUUGAAUAGUAAAGAUGAUGUAAAUAUCAGUGUCAACGGGGCCAGUGAUACCGAUUCAACUGUAAUUCAAUUCAUCGAUGAAUCUAUUGACCCACCUCCAUCGUCGUCAUCAUCGUCAAAUAGUCAGAAGUUUGAAGUCAGUUCAAAGCGUAAACUGCAAAAUGCUGAAUUCACUGAAAAUCAUUGUCAAAUCAAAAGGGCAAGAGUCGAUAUCGAUGUUGAUAAUGAACACAACAAUUCUUCUGUAUUAUCGCCUUAUGAGAUUAUACCUACUGUCAACGUAGAUUCUGAUGAUGACGAUUUAAUCCUUAUUGAGUGUGAAUAA